AUGUCAGCUUCUGAACUUGCCAAUGCUGCCCUCGAUGCUGCGAUGGAAGACAUCCGGCACUUAAUGGUAAGAUCCAUGAAGUUGCAAGUAGGUCAUCCGAACGCUAUGGUGUUCGCACAUGAGAUCACGAAAAUCAUCGCACGUUCAUUAUGGGAGCAUAGGGAGGUCUCCACUUCGUUCUCCCCCAUGCUGCUGUCUUGUGCAGCCGAGAUUCGUGACCACAGCGACCCUGUGACGCGAAAAAUUGUUACUCUACCCGACUGGUCUGCAGUCAACAUGGACGACCCAUAUCACAUUACUCCGGCACCCACUAUUCCUGCCCCUCAGCCGCUGGUGAUUGCUGACAAACCAUCUACCGUUGUUGCAUCACCAGAGGUAUUGGAUUCGGCAGAACUUCCUGCGCUGAAGUUCAACUUAUUUGUUGCCGGCACCAAACGCAAGGCCGACGGAACUGACUCCGACAUUCAGGAAGAAACUCGGGUGACUGAGCCGAAGCGCAAGGUCUUGAAGACAAAUCCAGCACCACAGCAGAAGACUGCAACAUCCUCUAAGAGAAGGAAGAUAGUGAGAUCGAAGAGGUUUGUCAGCAAUGAUGAGGAUGAAAGUGCUGAUGGUGCAGUGAUCAUUGUCAAGAAACCAGGAACGGGUGCACUGGCCAAACAUGUAGUGCCAGUGCAACCUGCCAGCAAGGGCAGCUUGUUGAGCAACUUGUCCGAUGUCGAAGAGCUCGAGGAACCUUGGCCGAGUCGUGCAGACUCUCCCAUCAUAAGGCCUGACGAUUGGUCAGAUGACAAUGCUGUCGCCACCACCGAAUGGCCAUCCCAGCGACUUCAUCCAACAACUUGUGUCCAAUGCAUAAAAGAAGAUCGGCCUUGUGUUGUCCGGCUCAGUCGGAAGAUUGGAGAGGUUUGCAAGAGCUGUCCUGCCUGCGAGGACAAGAAGGUCAAGUGCGUAAGGCUGAUUCCUGAGGCUGAAGAUGCCUUGCGGAAUAUAGUUGCAAAAAAGAAGGCUGCCGCCGCUUCUAAAGCAACUGCCAAGGAGAAGAAGCCCCACGGCUGCAAACAAGCAAAACCGGCUGCACCUUCGACCUCCCGGGUUCGCUCACAGAGAUCAGUGAGUAGUGCGACUCGAUCAACGGCCAAGACUCGUCAGGUGUCUCCAACCGAGCAUGACUCAGAGGAUGAGGCUCUCGUUCCAUCCAGUGAUGUUGAUGCCGAGAUGCAGACACCGGCCGAAGAGGUUCCAAACAACAAUGCGCCCACUGUUGCCGAUGUUGAGCAGCCGCUAAUCGAUUUUGACUCAGAAAAUUCCGCUGAUGAUGCUGGAAACAAAGACAUGCAAUUUGCAGGAGAUUUUGGGGUUGAUACAGAGACUCCAUUAAUGGACUUGGACAUUCCUCCCUCAGAUGUGCAGUCCGAGGCACCUCCUCCACCCAAGGCGCCGGUUCCUCUUGUCGUCGCCAACGUCGUGCAGGUCAAUGCCCCUCCUCCCACUGUGCAUGCUCCUCCCGUCAUUCUUCCUCAAGUGACUGCAAGAGACCUUCUGCUCGGUAUGGAGGCUCUCGGGAGGAGAAUGAAUGACCUUCAGGUGUCCAACACCCAGGUGCAAGCUUGGCAUGCGCAGAUGGGUGAGCGAGUGACUGCAUUGGAGCAGGACUGGGAGAAAAAGUUCAAUCUCCUUGAGGCGAAGGUCAGCAACCUGGAACUCAAGACCCUCAACAAUGUGAUGGUGUCUGGUAACUUGGCCAGCCUCAUCAAUUCCAUACACCCGGCGAAUAACCCUAACCCGUCCUUCGCUCCUCCUCCCAUCGCCGUAACCAGCACCUUUCCUUAUGACACCCUCCCCUCCUCAUGGCGCCCUGCAGUGUCUUCAACGCCUGCUCCCACAGAUGAGCUAUCUGUGUCUCACGUCGGUAGGAGGUACACGCAUGCUUGGGAUGAGUUGCAUGUCUUGCCGGAAACAUCAGACCCGGCUGGUCCAUCCAAGUCACCGGGUGCUGCUUCAGUAUCUCAAUCUGCAGACAAGUAG